GAUUGACCAAUCAGCGAGCUGGAUUCUUUUUCAGGAAACGCUCUCUGGUUUCCACCUGCGGGCAAAAAGCCACAAGGAGCCGGAGAGCCUCGAGACUGAAAGCUUUUCCUUAAAAACCUGGGAAAAGUAGGAAUAUAUCAAUUUAUUUAUAUUUUUAAGGACUGUACUGGCGAGCAGAGAUGGUUUGCGGAGGAUACGUUUGCACCAAGAACGCACUCUGCGCCCUCAAUAUACUUUACAUCUUGGUGAGUCUGCUGCUGGUUGGAGUGGCAGGUUGGGGGAAAUGGUUUGACCUGGUUUCCAGCAUCAGAGUGGUGGCGGGGGUCAUCGGCGUCGGGGUCUUCCUGUUCCUGGUCGCCUUUGUGGGGCUGUGCGGCGCCCUGAAGCACCACCAGGUCCUGCUCUUCUUCUACAUGAUGGUCCUGUUCAUAGUGUUUGUCGGGCAGUUUUCUGUGUCCUGUGCCUGUCUGGCCCUGAAUAAAGAACAACAGAAACUUCUGCUGGAAGUUGGAUGGAACAAAUCCGAGGCGACUCAAAGGGACGUAGAGAAAACCCUCGGCUGUUGUGGCUUCUCCUUUGUUCCCAUCAAUGGCUCAUGUGCUGCUAGUUGCUUUGACAUCCACCCUGAGACGUGUGUCACGUGCUCCACCACCAUACUGCAGUAUGCCGGAGAGGUGCUACGCUUUGUGGGCGGUAUCGGACUCUUCUUCAGCUUUACAGAGAUCCUUGGAGUUUGGCUCGCUCACAGAUUCAGAAAUGUCAAAGAUCCUCGAUCAAAUCCUGGAGCCUUUCUAUAACCACUCGUACAGUAAAUAAACCAACAAAUGAACACUGCUGAAUAAUUGUUGUUCCUCUAACUUUGAAAAUCAAACUUACAAGGACAUUUGUAUUGAGUUGGACUGUUAGUUUUGACCAUUAUAUUAUAACAGUAGUAUGUAGAGAAAAUGCCUUGUUCGCUAAUAGCACACAUCUUUGUAAAGAUUUCUCACAGAUGAUAUUAUUACCCGCUUCCUUACUUUCAUUGAAAUUAUGCAGUUUUUGUUUCUUCGAAUAUUGUGUUUCUUUGGAGAAGUUGUUAGGCAUUAAGGGUGACAUUUAACAUGUCUGCUUUCUUGCAUUUGAUGGCACUAUCAUGUCUGUAACAUAAAUAUGAAGCUAAAGCUAACAGCUGCUUAGUUUAGCUUAGCGUAGCAUAAAGACUGGAAGCAAGGGGAACCAAAUCCACCCGAAAGAAGUGUGUUUGGUUUGAUGGAGGGUUACAUGCCAGACAACUUCUUUCCUGAGAGGAAAAGAUUACAACCACAGGCUGUUUCGCCUUUCUUCCAUUCUUAAUGCUAAGCUAACCGACAGCAGGGGUAACUUUUUUUGUACAGUUGUUAUAACCUUUAAUCUGACUUCUGGCAAACAAGGGUAACUCCAUAAAUGUUGAACUCAUUCUUAAGCAUCACCUCUUUAAUUAUUAUCUCUCUCAUGAAGAAAGAGUUUAACAGCAGCUGUGUAUGCUCAAUAUAUACACACACACCUCUUGUGCAAAUAAACCGCAGGUUAGCACCAUGAUGGCUGACUGUGCUCACCACUCCCAGAGAUAAAUGAUAAUGGCUGAACACAAUUCACUGUGUUUUGCAGACAGUGGAUUUGGGUGUUGGAUGUCUUAAGAUAACAUUUAAUUCAAACCUGUUGCAGCUUGACAGAUGAACUGUUACAAAAUCAUGCUUUUGUUUUCUAUGUAUAUUUAUUUCUGUUUGUUUCUUGUUUGAAACACAUCAACACAUUGUAUUCCUACUAAAUCAUGCUUCAUCAUA